AUGAAAACCUUAUAUUCCCUGAGGAGGUUCUACCACGUGGAAACGCUCUUUAAUGGAACUUUAGCUUUAACUGGUCGUGACCAAGAAACUACCGGUUUUGCUUGGUGGGCCGGGAAUGCCCGACUUAUCAAUUUAUCUGGUAAACUACUGGGGGCCCAUGUAGCCCAUGCCGGAUUAAUAGUAUUCUGGGCCGGAGCAAUGAACCUAUUUGAAGUCGCUCAUUUCGUACCUGAGAAGCCCAUGUAUGAACAAGGCUUAAUUUUACUUCCCCAUCUAGCUACUCUAGGUUGGGGGGUAGGUCCUGGAGGGGAAGUAAUAGAUACCUUUCCAUACUUUGUGUCUGGAGUACUUCACUUAAUUUCCUCCGCAGUAUUGGGCUUUGGCGGUAUUUAUCAUGCACUUCUGGGACCUGAAACUCUUGAAGAAUCUUUUCCAUUCUUUGGUUAUGUAUGGAAAGACAGAAAUAAAAUGACUACUAUUUUAGGUAUUCACUUAAUAUUGUUAGGUAUAGGGGCUUUUCUUCUAGUAUUUAAGGCUUCUUAUUUUGGAGGUAUAUAUGAUACCUGGGCUCCAGGAGGGGGAGAUGUAAGAAAAAUUACAAACUUAACCCUUAGUCCAAGUAUUAUAUUCGGUUAUUUACUAAAAUCUCCUUUUGGGGGAGAAGGAUGGAUUGUUAGUGUGGAUGAUUUGGAAGACAUAAUUGGAGGGCAUGUAUGGUUGGGUUCCAUUUGUAUACUUGGUGGAAUCUGGCAUAUAUUAACCAAGCCCUUUGCGUGGGCUCGCCGUGCACUAGUAUGGUCUGGAGAAGCUUACUUGUCUUAUAGUUUAGGUGCUUUAGCCGUUUUUGGUUUUAUAGCUUGUUGCUUUGUCUGGUUUAAUAAUACUGCUUAUCCUAGUGAGUUUUAUGGUCCGACUGGACCAGAAGCUUCUCAGGCUCAAGCAUUUACUUUUCUAGUUAGAGACCAACGUCUUGGAGCUAAUGUAGGAUCGGCUCAAGGACCUACCGGUUUGGGUAAAUAUCUAAUGCGUUCCCCGACUGGGGAAGUUAUUUUUGGGGGAGAAACUAUGCGUUUUUGGGAUCUGCGUGCUCCCUGGUUAGAACCUUUAAGGGGUCCUAAUGGUUUGGACUUGAGUAGACUGAAAAAAGACAUACAGCCUUGGCAAGAACGUCGUUCCGCGGAAUAUAUGACUCAUGCUCCUUUAGGUUCUUUAAAUUCCGUUGGUGGCGUAGCUACAGAGAUUAAUGCAGUCAAUUAUGUCUCUCCUAGAAGUUGGUUAGCUACUUCUCAUUUUGUUCUAGGAUUCUUCCUAUUCGUAGGUCAUUUAUGGCACGCGGGAAGAGCUCGCGCAGCUGCUGCAGGAUUUGAAAAAGGAAUUGAUCGAGAUUUUGAGCCUGUUCUUUCCAUGACUCCUCUUAAUUGA